UUCUUUCCACUGGCGACAGAACUGGCCUCGACAUGCCCAGGUUCCGGCCGACUACAAGUACCGCGGUGGGUCUCAAAAGCCGGAACUGAAAGUACCCAGCCCCCGGCAGUGCGGAACAAUUGUGCUAUCCCCACAGCAGGCGGGGCCGGAAAGCUUGGGCGGAUAAGGCCCGCGCCUGCGCGUCUCCAUCUUUCUCGGAAGAGACCGCCUCCCUCCCUGCCCACGACUCGUAAGCCAAGAGGCGGGGCUCUGCGUCGCGGCGGGCAGUCGCCGGAGCAUGGCGACCGCGGAUCCCAGCGGGUCCGGGGUACGGACGUCUACCCCGGGACCCCGGCCCGGCGGGACCCCGGACUGCGCAGCGGGACCUACGGGGCUGCCCUUCGGGCGAAGCGGCAGUGGAGUCCCCCGAUUGGGGGAGCGGCCCCCGGCGGUUGUGGAGAAGAGGGGACCGUACAUGGUGACGCGCGCGCCUUCCAUUCAGGCCAAGCUGCAGAAGCACCGGGACCUAGCCAAGGCUGUUCUACGGAGAAAAGGCAUGCUGGGGGCCUCGCCGAACCGCCCCGACUCUUCAGCGAAAAGGUCAGUGAAGUUUAACAAGGGCUAUACUGCCCUUAGUCAGAGUCCAGAUGAAAACCUGGUGUCCCUCGACUCUGACAGUGAUGGGGAGCUGGAAUCCAGAUACUCCUCCGGGUAUUCCUCUGCAGAGGCAAGUCCAGAGCGCCUUUCUGCACGGGGCCAGGCUGCAGGCAGCGUCACCGCCACUGCCAAAUGCUUGUCUUGUGCCUGCUGUAUGCACGGCACUGUGCCAGACUUCCGCAGGUGAACCAGGAUGUGAGCCGGCAGCUGCUCCAGGAUGGGUAUCACCUGGAUGAGAUUCCAGAUGAUGAGGACUUGGACCUCAUUCCUCCCAAGCCUAUAGCC